GAGCUGGUCUUGGAAAAAGAUGACAAAGAAGCUAUUGAGGAGAAGUUUAAGGAGAGACUUAAAGACCGGAAUGUCCCUCAGCACAUCAUGGAUGUGAUCAGUGAAGAGCUCAACAACACUGGCUUGCUGGACAACCACUCAUCUGAGUUCAAUGUCACUCGAAACUACCUGGACUGGCUAACCAGCAUGCCAUGGGGCACCAACAGUGAAGAAAACCUAUCAUUAGACAGAGCCAGAGACGUUCUUGACGAAGACCAUUAUGGAAUGGAUGACGUUAAAAAACGCAUAUUGGAGUUCAUUGCAGUGAGCCAGCUCCGAGGCUCCACCCAGGGGAAGAUCCUCUGUUUCUAUGGCCCUCCUGGUGUAGGAAAGACCUCAAUUGCCCGAUCUAUUGCAAGAGCGCUUAACAGACAGUACUUCAGGUUCAGCGUGGGAGGGAUGACUGACGUGGCUGAGAUCAAAGGACACAGGAGAACGUAUGUUGGAGCGAUGCCUGGGAAAAUGAUCCAGUGUUUGAAGAAAACCAAGACGGAGAACCCUUUGGUGUUAAUAGAUGAGGUGGAUAAAAUAGGCCGUGGUUACCAGGGGGAUCCAUCCUCUGCUCUACUGGAGCUUCUGGAUCCUGAACAGAAUUCCAAUUUCCUUGACCAUUACCUGGAUGUUCCGGUGGAUUUGUCGAAAGUCCUGUUCAUCUGCACAGCUAAUGUGACCGACACCAUCCCAGAACCACUCAGAGACAGAAUGGAGAUGAUCAAUGUGUCUGGAUAUGUGGCUCAGGAGAAACUAGCUAUCUCUGAGCGUUACCUGGUCCCCCAGCUGCGCACUCUCUGUGGACUGAGUGAGGAGAAGGCCUCCAUCUCAUCAGAUGCCCUUGGUCUGCUCAUCAGGCAGUACUGUAGAGAGUCUGGAGUGAGAAACCUGCAGAAACAGAUAGAGAAGGUGUUUCGAAAAGUGGCAUUUCAUAUUGUGAGUGGAGCACAGGACUCUGUGGCAGUCACACCCGAAAAUCUGGCCGAUUAUGUGGGUAAACCCAUUUUCACAGUGGAUCGCAUGUAUGACAUCACCCCACCAGGAGUGGUCAUGGGCCUGGCAUGGACGGCUCUGGGAGGUUCCACGCUAUUCAUUGAGACUUCACUCCGCCGACCACUUGAGGGGGCAGAACCUAAAGGAGAGGGUUCGUUAGAGGUUACAGGUCAACUGGGCGAUGUUAUGAAGGAAAGCGCAAAGAUUGCUUCAACAUUUGCCAGAGCCUUCCUCAUGACCAAGGAACCAGGGAAUAACUUCCUGGUCAACUCCCAUCUGCACCUGCAUGUUCCUGAGGGAGCAACUCCCAAGGAUGGACCCAGCGCUGGUUGCACUAUCGUCACUGCACUGUUGUCCCUGGCAACCAACCGACCAGUGCGUCAGAAUGCGGCCAUGACUGGGGAGGUGUCGCUAACUGGCAAAAUCCUGCCUGUAGGAGGAAUCAAAGAGAAAACUAUCGCGGCCCGUCGUGCUGGUGUGACCUGCAUCAUUCUUCCAGCUGAGAACAGAAAGGACUUCUCUGACCUGCCAGACUACAUCAGAGAGGGACUGGAGGUCCACUUUGUGGACCACUAUAGCCAGAUCUACCCUAUUGUCUUCCCACAGGAUUAGGAUGGAACAGAUUUCAAAGCAUUAAACUGCUCAUCAUUCCGGUUGUGAUAUUUUACCUGUAGUCCUGCUGUGGAGACUGAUACCAUCUGUUCUAGGAUCACCAAAAAGAUCCAGAUGGAUUUGCAGAUCACAGGCAUUCAUCAUGACUCAGACGAAGACACAAGAAGUAGCUGUCAAUUUUCGGACAGGAUCAUUGGACUCGAACCAGCAAGGCCAAAGACGAGCUUGGACAGUACACUGGUAACAUCCUCCAAAAGUCAUUGUGUCGCUGAGCACAAGUCUGAGGAAGGACUUUGCUGCCAUGUAGCUUCAUCAGCCACACAUCGAAAGAUUGUGUAAUGUAGUACCACAUCUGAAGUCAGUCAUAUAUUAAAGGAGUUUGA